AUUAUGUCCUCACAGCGUCAUUGAUAGUCUACUGCUCAGUAUUCCAUCAAUUGAAUUGAAGUGAAGUGAACCGAGUCUGUGGCCUGUCAGUUCAAGGUCUGCCGGGUCUAAUUCCUACGAUACUCGUUGAUGGGAGAACCCGCUAAAACCUCCUCGUCCUUGAGCCGCAUCUAUACAAGCACAACAAAAGGUCCUCGAGAGAUUAUGGCUGAGCUUCAGCCAAUCUUUCGAAAAGCCUUCUGGUCGCUGGCAGCCAGUGGCUUGUUAUAUGCGUUAUUCGUUUUUGCUCUUACAUUUCCUGUCGUUCAACGGUUUGCACUCUAUGUCCACAAAGUAAAUCCUACACGAUGGCAAGAUGUCAACCUCGUCGAGUCUUUCGGGUUCCUGAAAACGCAGGUACAACCUUUCAACCUGGCUACUCCUGACAAUGAAACACUCUAUGCUUGGCAUCUUCUUCCUUUGCACUUGUGCAAGGAGCAUGAAGAUGAGCUGCAUGCGAACGAACGCUACGGCCCAGCGGAGGACUAUACCAAGACUUCUGCUUUCAAGCUCCUCGCCAAUGACCCCAAUGCGAGGGUAGUCGUCAGCUUCCACGGCAAUGCUGCCCACCUCGCAUCUGCCCAGCGACCAGAGAUCUACCGGCAGCUGCUCGGUUUAUCCACCCCAUCGCAGCCCGUCCAUGUCUUUGCGAUAGAUUAUCGGGGCUUCGGGCUCUCUACCGGCUCGCCAACAGAAGAAGGUCUGAUCACCGAUGGAGUCGCUCUCCUCAACUACCUCACCGCAGGCCCGUUCAGGAUCCCCCCUUCGCGCAUAGUCAUCAUGGGCCAGAGCCUGGGAACAGCCGUGACCGCCGCAGUGGCUGAACGCUUUGCAUUCGGAUCCUCAGAUCCAGCUGCCGCCCAACCCACCCUGAAGGACCCCGAGCCCUUCGCCGGCGUGAUCCUGCUGGCAUCUUUCAGCAACGUCCCGAGUCUCAUCGAAUCCUACAGCCUGAAGGGAAUCACUCCACCCAUGCUCUCGCCUCUCUCCGCCUAUCCCGGGAUUAAAGACUGGGCCAAAGGCCAUAUCGUCGACCGCUGGGACACCGCCGCCCGGGUUGCGCGCUUGUCGGGCGUCACCAAGACCGGCAAAGACCAUCCAUCCCCGGCCUAUGCAGAGAAGGGGCUUAACAUGUUCAUCGUGCAUGCAGCCAACGAUGUCGAGAUCCCCUGGCAAGAAGGCCGACGCGUCUGGGCAGCGGCCACCGGGGAAGCUGUCCACGACAGCCCUGGAGAGGUUGUGCUGUCCAAGAAGGACUCGAGCGGACCCACUGAGGUCCAGAUCUGGGAGAGCAGAUCUCAUAGUGACAAUACGGUGAUCAAAAGGGUUCGCUGGGAGCGUGUGGCCUAUGGAGGACACAAUCGCGUAGCAACAUUUUCAGUCGCCGCUCUGGCUGUGUUGCGAGCGUUUGAUGGGUGAACCAGAUUAAUUGGUUCUAACUCGAACCGUCUGCCAAACAUAUAUCACACAGUGGAAGCGGAACCACCACAGUGUCCGCUGAAACGUAUGAUCAAACAACACAUCCCGCACCAACAAGGCGCUGAUAUUAGAUUAUGCGUACGUAGAACGUACACCCAAGACUCGCGUAGAUUUUUUUAUCAUAGCUGGUUUGGAGAAGUGCAUUCGGCUCUUGGGGAGAAUCUAGACACGAGCUUAGACAAUACAACUGCAGCCUUGGAAAGUACAAGCGUGGCAAGGGUUGAGAGACAUCAGGGAAGAUCCAUCAUCUGUGAUAUGUCAUAUGUCUAACCGCCUCAUAAUCGAGGUACAUAACAUAUCUGAUCAGUUUACAUGUCUAACCUGAUCCAUUCGGG